AGUGCGGCGCACAGAGGAGAGGCGACGCGCUCUCCAACUCGCAGCAACAACGUCCAAAAGAGCGACACUUAGGUCCGCUUAUCGCGCUCUCUCUCUCUCAGAAAAGCUCAGUUUUUGUAUUUUGUAUUUGUAUUGUUCGCUGGUAAAGAUGUUCAGAGAAACUUCUUCAUACCUAGAUCGGUUAUGCCUACGCGAAGCCGUUUCCUCGUAGACUUAACAUAUUUUUUUUCUGUCGGGACUGACCAAGACCUAACCCGAUUCGCAGCUGGUGAUAAUAUGUGUGAGAGGCGAUCGGCGAAGGGUAUGGGCUGUCUCUGGUCCCCCAAGGAGAAGCAACGUGGAUUAAACACGAAUUAAUGUGGAAUUUAUCGGAGCCCAAAGGUGGAACGACGACCGGACACAGCGCUUUCUCGUCAGGGACUGACUGAUCAUGGUCGCCGUGGUCCGCUCUCUCAUGGUACUGCUGCUCGCUCAGGUGUUGCUGGAAGGUGCUACGGGACUUAUCCCCGAGGUCGGCCGGAGGAAAUACAGCGAAUCCGGGAAGCAGACCCCAGAGCAGUCAGAGAGCUUCCUCAACGAUUUUGAGCUUCGGCUUCUCAAUGUGUUUGGACUGGGGCGCAGGCCGACCCCGAGUAAGCAAGCCGUGGUGCCGCAGUAUAUGGUGGACCUUUACCGUAUGCACUCAGCAAACGGAGACCACAGCACCAAACGACCCAAGAGCAUGGGGAAACACGCAGAGAGAGCCGCCAGCAAGGCCAACACGAUUAGAAGCUUUCACCAUGAAGAGUCUAUGGAGGCCCUGGCCAGCCUAAAAGGCAAAACAACACAGCAGUUCUACUUUAAUCUCACUUCUGUUCCCAGUGAAGAGCUCAUCUCAUCUGCAGAGCUACGCAUUUACAGGGAUCAGGUCAUGGGCUCUGCAAGCCCCAACGAAAGCAUCAUUAAUGACAGCACUCCUACCACUGGCUUCCAUCGUAUCAACAUUUAUGAGAUAUUUGGAGUUCCCGCCACUCAUGGCGAGGAACCUCUACUACGUCUGCUGGACACUCGACUGGUGCAGGACUCUUUGAGUCGCUGGGAAAGCUUUGACGUCAGCCCCGCGGUAUCUCAUUGGACUUCUGGGAAAGGCCACAAUCACGGCUUCUUGGUGGAGGUGAUUCACCUGGAGGAAGGGGAGAUGAACAGUGAGCAUGCCCAUAUACGCAGGAGGCAUGUCAGGGUGAGCCGGUUCCUACACCAGGACCAGGACUCGUGGCCUCAGGCUCGGCCACUGCUUGUGACAUAUGGCCAUGACAGUCGUGGGGGCUCGGUGCUCCAUACACGGGAAAAAAGGCAAGCAGUACCCCGCAAACAACGUAGGAAGCAACAGCACAAGGCAAGCUGCAAGAGGCAUCCCUUGUAUGUGGACUUCAGUGAUGUGGGCUGGAAUGAGUGGAUAGUGGCACCCCCUGGCUACCAUGCCUUUUAUUGCCAUGGGGAAUGUCCUUUCCCCCUAGCAGACCACCUCAAUUCUACUAACCAUGCCAUUGUGCAGACGCUUGUCAACUCAGUCAACUCGAACAUCCCCAAAGCCUGUUGUGUGCCCACUGACCUCAGCCCCAUUUCUUUGCUCUACCUGGAUGAAUUUGAGAAAGUAAUUCUGAAAAACUACCAAGACAUGGUGGUGGAGGGAUGCGGCUGCCGGUGAGAAACUGGUGGGAUGGAUAGAAAGAGCGAGGCAAGAGAGGCAGAAAGAGAUCAGAGAUUACCAUGGACACCCAGUUUCCCAAUGAAGACAUUUAUUUAUAUGAAAGAAACAGAAAACAGAGCUAUUGUGGAAGAAGAAGAAACUAUAUAUGAAUAUAUUUAUGUCUACAUAAAGUUGGGAAAAAUAAAUAUUUUAAUCAAAGGAAUAUUUCUUUACUGUUUUGGAAAUGUAUUUCUGAUGUACAUUUUGAAAUGGGUGCAAUACCACAUGAAGUAUGCUCAGA